AUGGCCAACGACGCAGAUAUCCUCUAUGAAUUCCUUGGUGUUGACAUGACAAAGCCGCUUUCAGAGAUCUUCUCUCAGCCUUCUCCCAUCCUCACGACUGAUCUACUGCGCUGUAUUGUAUGUCCCCAUGAAGACAUUCAAACAGCAUACCUUGCUGUCACUGAAUGCAAGGUCUGCCGCACGCAGUAUUAUCCCGAUCGCUACAGGCUUCGCUGUGAUACACAGUACCUUCGCAUCUUGAAGCAUGGAGUCUGGGAGGAGGCGAUACUAAGCUUCCACUGCAGUUGGAGGAUAAAGACCGGACGCACACCUACAUUCUCUUGUGCUGCCAAUUCAAAGACCGAUGUUCUGGUGUCAGCAGUGAGAGAAGAGAUAGGGAGAGAUGGUGGGAUCGUUCCUGGUGCCAUGGAACAUGCGUGUAUGGACUGCACCCACAAGAAGUGCUAUCGGCAGGAUUUGAUUGACGAGGGAGCCGAUUUUGGAGAGGAAGUUGGCUUGAUUGCAGGUGAAGAUGAUGUUGAAGGACUUGAGGGCUCUAGCGAAGAGAUCAAUAAUACAGAGCCAGAUCUGGAAAACGGUGACUCGGAAAUUGACACUGUGGAUCAACUUUAUGCGCAAGUGCUUGCAGAGAAUGAGUUGGCACCAGAAGGACCACGGGGAUACUCACGUUUGGCUGUGAUAGAUGGCAAAACCAUGCGCUGUACAGGAGCCUUAACAAACUACAAGAAAGGGAGAUUCUGUCGGGAUCAUGCUCUUGAAGGGCUUGAUGAUAUUUGUGGAAUUGUCUCCUGUGGACGGCCUCGCAUGACAUUCCCCGGGGUGCAGAGAGUCAUACAAGCACAGCAGGCUCAUGCUAUAGAUUCCCUAAUAGACUCAUCGAUGACUCCUGCGACCACUGGCAAUGUCCCAUUCCGAGUUGAGCUUCCAGAGCUCAAAGGUUUGGCUGGGAACAAGAUUGUUCACACAUUCCGAGCCAGAACCACAUAUUGUCUUCAGACAGUUCAAUGGGCUUGCAGUACACCGAUUGGAUGGGGAAAGUGUUUUACAGCAGAAAGUCCUUCACAAGUCCUCACAAUCAUCGACAAUAUCUGGAAAGACCAUUCACAGUACAAGCCGAACUUCAUCGCUUACAAUUCUUCUUGCAAGCUUCUCCGCCACAUUGUCACACAGAAUCCCUCGAAUCCAUGGAUAUCUUCAACCAAAUUCAUUGUGGAUGCUUGGCAUUACAUUGGCCAUAAGGCUACUGAUUCACUUUGCCAGUUAUGGUGUAAUCCUGCACCAAGGAAUGGUGCUCAGCCAGACUUGGUGCUGGUUGAAAAUGACAAUGAUGGACAUCCUCAUUUGACUCGUGCAUUCAAUACAGAAACGGCAGAACAGUUCAACGCCUGGUUAAAUGGAUUCAAGGCACAGCUGCGUCAGAUGUCUAAUGUGAACUAUGACUUCUUUAUUCAUGCUCUGAUGUUGCUAUAUAAGGAGGAUAUUGGUCAGAGAAUAGAGAAGAAAGAAAGAGAAUUGGAUGAGCAGUUCUGGGAGGAUGUUCUGUAG